GGACGGCGGGAAAUAGUCAUCGUCUCUGUAAUAAGUUAGAGAAGAUACUACCCUCAACAAACGCGCCAGCAUCUCCUGCAUUACUUCCCCUUGAAUCUGAGCAGCACGGAGCCGAUAUCGAUGCCUUCCAAUAGAUCUGCAAUUCAGGUCGCUGAGGAUUCUACCAAAGGGAAUGCCAAGUCUGUAGAGCAGGCCUCUGAAGAUAAACUGCAAGGCCUCGUCGAAGAGAAUGCCGACUCCACCGAAUCCAGCAUCCGAUAUGCUGCUUAUCUCAGGCGUGCUAGGGAUGUCGUCAGGGCUGGCUCUCGUUACACCGCUUACACCAGUGAUGUUGGAGAGGCUUUCCGACCAGUUGUACCCCCUUGGCUGGUCACGGCCGCCUACGGUGUUUCAUGGGCCUAUCUGAUCGGUGAUGUCUCAUUUACGACCUACAAAUCCUCGCAGCUCGGUCCUUCGCCUAUUGAAGCCGCCAACAUGUCAGAGCGCACCCGUUUGGCUAUGGUAGCUGUCAAGCGAUCCGUUUUUCAGGGUGUAGCUUCGAUGGCCUUGCCUGCCUUCACGAUCCACACUGCCGUCAGGUACGCCGGACGAGCGUUUGCCAAGAGCCAAAAUGCUAUUUUGAGGAGAUGGGGACCUACAGCUGUUGGUAUCGGUAUUGUACCCGCCCUUCCUUACAUGUUCGAUCAUCCUGUUGAGCAAGCCACCGACGCCUUGUUCGAAAAGGUUGAGGAGAGUUAUUUCAGGAAGAACGUGUUGGAAUCUGAACCUAAACGAGAAUUAUAGACAAAAGAAUUGGCAUACUACGCAUGCUAUUGUGAAUCGCUCAUAGCCUCUAUGGAACAUACAAUGAACUCAUCUACAAGGUUCAGCCUCUAUGGUACUAUAAUCGGACUCCAAGGGCCGUUUUAUUUCUAAUCUUCUAAUGAUCGCCAUGAUGUGUACAAAGAUACAUUCCACUUUGACUCUGCGGGGCUCACAUCGCCAUCGGACAGCAAUAACAAAGCCAUACGCUGUUUAGCAGUGGCAUUGACAUUGGGCAACUUUUUUCGCGUAUGUCGUCCAUGCCUUUCGUCAAGGGUUUGACUG